UUAAUAUUUGCACCAUCGCACUGACCAGCAGGAAACAUGGUAGAAGGCGCGUCGGUGGACGUGAGCACCAUCUCCCAGAAGCUGCAUAGCGCCAUUCAAGAGAACGAGUGGCAGUCCAACAAGCGGGCCGCCAAGGAGAUCCAAAGCUUGCUCGCCGUCUUAAACACGUACACGCCAGAUCCUAGCACCAUGCUCGAAACCAUGCGCGAAACCCGCAUUGGGGUCGUCGUGAGCAAGCUGCGCAAACACUCGGACGAAUGCGUGAAGGCAUAUGCGUCCCGCCUGACGAACAAGUGGAAGGCUGCGUUGGACGUGAAUUCAACGUCGUCCAAGUCCAAGCAGCCCGCCGUGGUCGCGGCGUUGGCAUACACCAAGAUCCCCGAAACCGCGCAUGACUCGAAGACAGGCGACGCCGCGCGCCUCCGCGUCCAGCAGGCGUAUGCGAACGAGCGGGCCAAGAAGGAUUCGCGCACGAGCAUCUUUCUCGAAAACCCCGUCGUCAAGAAAGUUCGCGGUCGAAAGCCAGUGGCCAGCGCAGCCACGAUCACCCGCUUCACAAACCCCGAGCGCGCCAACAUGCAGCAAAAGGUACCCCGCAGCGUCGCCCCCAGUUCGCACAAGAGCAGCGGCGACGCGAGACCAGCACCUUCUUCGAGCCUUCCUGUACGACCUGCCCCCAGACCUACCACAUCCGCCCCAACUGCCAACAUGACAUCGGACGAAGCGCGCCAUCACCAGCGCCAACUCAAGCUCCGGGCGUUAGCCGAGAACAAAGCGAGGGCCACUGGGAAGACGGUGCCGUUCGCGUCGGUCCAGCAAAAACCACCCGCGGCGUCGUCGUCGACGUCGUUUACCAAGAUGGCGCCAGUGCCGUCCAAGUUUACCGCCAUCAAUCGACCCCCGCCGCCAGCUUCGUCUAGCACUUCAAAGCGAAACAGUACCACAUCAUACGUGGACAAGCGCAAGAUGACGAAGCCGACUGGUCCGCCCCAGGCUCGCGAACAACGCAAGGAGUUUCUAGACAAAAUGUACCCGCGCACGGUUGGCCGGGCAGACCCGAACACGAACUUGAAGCAAAAGCGGAAGCGGGAGGACGACUCGUCGGCCAAGAACCCGCCGCUCAAAGCCGGCGAGCGCGACGUGAUGCACUGGCUCAAGGGGCUGGCGGACGGGGAUAUGAGUCAGUACGGCCCGGCGUUCUUCGAGCACGGCUUUGAUACCCUCAAGCUGGUCGCGACCAUGACGGACAAGGACGUGGCCGUCGUCGUGCCCAAGCGCGGCCAUGCCCGGGUGGUGGCGGCGGCGCUGCCAUCGCUUCAGAGCAAACCGCUGUCCGCCCCUCCAAGUCGUCGCAAAAAGCUGUCCAAGUACGAUGAUGACGACGAGUAUGACAGCGACGAUGGAUUCCUCGUCGACGACGACGACAUGCCGAGGUUCGUGCCGGGGCUGAUCACAUCCAUGAUCCGGAAAGGGCGCCGCCGCCGAUCGGCAUACUACGAUGAUGACGUUGAGGAGGAGGAGGAUGGAGGGAACGAUUCGUCCGAUAUGGAAGCGAGCUACGAAGAGAUCCAAAGGGAAGAGUCGCGCAGUGCCCAGUUUGGAGAUUACGAAGACGACGUCGAGGACCGACGCAACCGUAAACACAAGGCCAAAAAGCAAAAGCGAAAGUAGGACUACGCUCACUAGUGUAAUAACGUACAGUGCUAUCAUAAUGUUGACAAGCCUCUACUAGUAGUAUUGAGUGUAUGUAGUACUACUAGUAUGAAUUUUCG